GGGAGUCAUGAGUAGAAAAGAGUUUCACUUGGAUGACGGUGAAGACCUUAAAAGAAAACUAAAAGCUAUAAGGCAAUGUCUUAAGAUGCUAGAAGAGGAUGUUACAGAAGCAAAUCAGAGAAACAGUGGUUUGUGUCACAUGUCAAAAGGUGCAACUGUGAAGGCAUUUCUUGAUGUGAAAGAUGAAGACAGCAAUUUCUUUUGUUCCUCUUCUACAAAAACCAGAGCUGAUUUCGAAGUUGGGCUGUGUGAUGACAACUCGCAAAGGCCAGCAAGGCACCUCAGUCGCAAUACUGAAGAGAAAAAUGUUCAGCAUGUAGUUCCUUCAAAUGGUGCUCUAGCAGCAGACAUGGACAGCAAAACUACGGAAGAUAUUGAUGAAGCUCUAUGCAUAGGUCUUUGUAAUCUCCGCCAUUUGUAUGAUGCAGAUGAGAUGCUGAAACAUUUGAAAGUAAAGCAGGAAGGAAGAGAAGUUGCAGAAACUGCAGAGAGAAUAUUUGAUGAACUUCUUGCUUCUCUUCUCUCAAGGAGAGGGAAAUUGUGUGCAGAAAUAAUGAAGGGCAUCAGCAGCUACAGUGCUGAUAUUGCAAAAGCUAAAGAAGUUAUUGAAGAGAAGAAAAAGCACUUGGCUGGUGCCAUUAAGAUUGCAAAAGAAUUAAAAAUUACGCCUUCUCUAAGAGCCUGUUGUGAUCUCUCUCAGGUUAUUUAUCUUUUAAAGUUACCAGUUGAGGCUGAGCUCUCAAGAGUGCAUAGUUUGAGUGAAAAUGUAUUUCCAAGAUUCUUCCUAAACACUGAGAUUAUAUCUUUGUUAGAAAAUUUGGGCAAGACUGAAUGGGGAGCAGCAGAGAUUGAAGGUAAUGGACAACACGCUCUUUCCCUUUGUGACAAAGAAAUUGCAGGCUGCAAUACUCAGUCGUCUGUGGAGGAUACGUUUCCAGCACUUAGCAAAGAGAGUAAAAUAAAGGCUCUUGAAAAUAAACUCAGUGUUGACAAAGAAGUGAAAAGUACUCAAGUUCAUCAUCAGAACACACCUGCUCUAACCAUGUCUUCAUUCAGCCCUGAUCUCAUAAUUGAGGAAAUAUUUGAGGAUGAUACGGAAAAUGACGACCUUCCCACGGAAUGUCAUGCUGAUGAACAGAGAAAGAAUCUCAUCAAGGAAAUGCCUUUUCAACACAAAGCUGGUUCAUCAGAACUAGUGACAGUAAGUCAUGUUACAAAUCCAUGCCACUUCUAUAUUCAGAGAUUCUUACAGAGGAGAGAAGCAGAGAUUUUGGAGAAGAAACUGAAAAACUUCUGUUGUAGUGAGAAUUCAUAUCUCUUGCCUUCAGAUGUUUUGGAAUUAGGUGCUGAAACUUUUGUUAAAAGUAAGGAAACUGGAAUGUGGUGCCGUGGAACUAUCACUGAACUAAUUCCUCUAAAAAGUGAAAAUAAAAGGAAGCCUUUUGGUCCAAAAAGAUGCAAAAUUUGUGAUAUUGCACUGCUGGAAGUAUUCCUGGUUGAUUUUGGGAGCUCUGUAGUUCUGACUUCCUCAGGAUACGAUCCCACUGAAAGACCUGAACCUGCUGCUCUGCAAACCACUGAAUCGGAUGACAUUUGUCUGUUUGUGAGGAAGCCUGAUCGGCACAUUAAGGUGGAACUUGCAGCUGUUCCUCCUUUAGCAGUGCGGUGUUCAUUGAAGGAUGUCGUUCCCAAAAAUGCAAGUGAAGGUUGGGGAAAGGAAGUAAAGACAAAAUUUUUAGAAAUAGUUAAGAACAAAGUUGUUUUAAUGACCAUAUAUAGAGAAGAGGAUGGUAUUCUCAUUGUGGAUUUGAAAAAAUCACCAUUUAGUAAAGCAGAUGACAUGCCAGUGUCUCUCAAGGAUGCAUUAGUUUUUUUAGACUUGGCAAGGUUUAGAUCACAGCUUCCCAGUAAUUCAGAAAAUAAUACUAUCUUGCAGUAUAGUCCACCUAAGAUUCCACAAGAAGGAGAAGUUGUCUCUGUCAUAGUUUGUCACAUUAAUAGUCCAAGUGAUUUCUAUGUUCAGUUGGAAGAUAACCAGGAUAUGUUAGAUCUUUCAAAGAAAAUUCAGGAGGUGUAUAAACGUGAUUAUGGGAAUCACGUGGAAAUUCUCUGCCCGUUUGAAGGCCAAGCCUGUAUUGCAAAACAGGAAGAUGGGAGUUGGUGCAGAGCACGGAUUACUGGGUUUCCAAAUGAUCAGGAAGUAACGGUCAAAUAUGUUGACUUUGGCAGCAUUGCUCACUUAACUCUUAAAGACAUAUGCACAAUCAAAAAGGAGUUCUUGAGCUUUCCAGAAAAGGCAAUCGGGUGCAGGCUGGCUUUCAUUGGGCCCUGUAAAGGGACAAAUGAGUGGAGCAGAAAAGCCAAGGAAAGAUUUGAAGAAAUGACUGUGGAUAAACCUAUGCUGUGUUCAGUUGUUGAAAUUUUAGGCAAUAACAUCAUAGCUGUUGAGCUGUUUGAUUCCUCUGCUGUUCGUGGAAGAAGCUUUAGUAUUAACUGCCAGCUAGUUGAAGAAGACCUAGCAUCCUACAUAUCUGGGUACACAGCAAGUACUGCUGUACAAUCCAAUGAAACACAGGAUAUUGCUGUAGAAGAAAUUCCCGAAACCUUGGAAACUUUAAAUCCCAUGGACAUGGAAUCUUGGGAUGAAGGAGAUUUGAAAUCACUUUCUAAGAAAGAGAUACAAGCGAGAGUUACUCAUAUUGUAUCUCCUAGUAAAGUUUUUAUACGGUGGCUGUCAUCAGAAUGUAUAAUGAAAAGUUUGCAGGAGAAGAUGGCCACAAUCUAUAAAGAAUCCCAGCCACAGCCUGUUAAGUGGGAAACCAGUAUGCACUGUGCUGUUUACCUGCAGGAUUUGGAACAGUGGCAAAGAGGUCAGAUAAGCAGAAUUGUCUCCGAAACAAGUGCAGAGGUACUACUUUAUGAUUCUGGGCCUGAAAGAACAGUAGAUAUCAGCUGUCUAAGAAAGCUUGAGGAAAGCAUGAAGAUAAUUAAGACAUUAGCAAUAGAAUGCUCCUUGGCAGACAUAAGGCCGACAGGUGGAAGCACACAGUGGACAGCAACAGUGUGCGAAUAUUUAUCCUAUUACCUAAUGGGGGCACAAGUGAAAAUAAUCAUACAGGAAAGUGAUGUGGCUUGUGCACUGCCUGUAAAAAUACUUUGCAAAGAUGAAAUGGGAAAGUUGACUGAUAUUUCUGAACACCUUGUUAAAAUGGGUUUAGCUUUUAGAAACAAAAGAACUGAUGAAGCUAAUGUGACUUGCUCAGUCUCCGAGGAACAUCUUAAAGUACACUUAGAGCAAGAGAACACACGAAUGAAUGGUUGUCAUUCAGAAACUCCAUGUGCAAGAAGCAUCACUGCUCCAGAGGAAAAAAUGAUUGUUUCAGAGAGUGAACGGAAAUCAUGCCAAACAUACGAGUCACCACUUCAUUCAGGAAUAGAUGAAACAUAUAAAUCCCCCAUUAUACCCAGAGAGAAGAUUUUCCAAGCUGCAGUAAGUUACGUUGGACAUGAUGGAACUAUUUACAUAAUACCAAAAUCAUAUGAAAUUGCACUAAAGAAAUUGAUGGUAGAAAUACAGAGUGCCUUCAGAUGCCUUGGUCUUCUGGAAUCAUACCACUGGAAAAAGGGAGAAGCUUGUGUUGUAAGAGGUUCAGAUACCAUGUGGUAUCGAGGUAAAGUGGUACAAGUUGGUGGUAGUACUCUCCAGGUACAGUACGUAGAUGUUGGUUGCACUGAGGAUGUUCUUCCAUGUCAUCUGUAUCCAACUACAUUGUAUACUGCUAUUCCUCCAUUUUGCAUACCUUGUCAACUCUACAAGACAGUACCAAUUGGAAAUUUUUGGCAGCAGGAUGCAGUAGAUUGCCUUCAGGAACUACUUACAAAAGAAGAGGUUGAAAUACAUGUUCAGGAAUUACCAGGCAACCCAUGGGAUAAAUUGUCCAUCAGCCUGUAUUUUGGUGGAACGUCGCUCUCUUCCCUCAUGGCUUACCGGAAGUACUGCAUUGCUGAGGAUUGUGAGGAUGCAUCAAAGCUGGUGGGAUAUGUGCUUCCUGAAGGAGAUGCUCCUGGUUCGCCUUCAUACAUCUUGCCACAGCUACCUGUUCCAGGAGAUACCUUUCCUGUCAGAGUUAGCCAUUUGGUGUCCCCUAAGGAGGUGUAUAUUUGCUUUGAUCCUUCAAAGAGCCACGUGAAGCAGUCUGACACACAGGGAGAUGUCAAUUGCCUUUCUGAGUUGGAGAGCUUUGAUGAAGCCCUGAAGCGGUGCAAUGAAACUGUGGAGUCUCUUCCUGUAGUAACACACUUCCAAAAAGAAAUGCCCUGCCUUGUAAAAUACCAGGAUGAUUUAUGGUACAGAGCAAAGCUUCUUUCAGUUAAAGAAUUGGAUCCUGUUCAGAUCCUGGUUCAGUUCGUUGAUUAUGGUAAUUUUUCAGUUGUCCCAACGCAGAGAUUGCGCCACAUACCUUACUACCUGCUGAAGUAUCCUGUACGAGCAGUACGAGUGCUAUUGGCUGGAUUUAAACCUGCUGUGUAUGACGAAAACGUGAAAAGGAUUCCUUAUUCUCCAGAAUGGAGCAUGGAAGCACUGUGGGCUAUGAUGGAGAGUGUUGAAGGAAAACAGCUCUCUGCUUCCAUACUUGCUCUUUCACCAGACAUCACCAUUUCUUUGUUCGAAGAUGACAAAAAUCCCGUUCAUAUGAAACUGGUGGAAAUGGGACUUGCAGAGUUGGAUGAGUGACAUCAUGUCAUCUUGAUGUCCUGUGCCAGUUGUUCUGGAAUUGAUUCUCAAUGACAUACAGAUUGCUGCAAAUCUAGUCAAACACUGAAUAUUUUAAAUCAGAAUCCUUGCACUAGGAGACUUGGAUCUUCAAAUUUCUUGGUCAAGUCUGUUGUCAUUUUUCCUCCCAUUUAAUAAGCAUUCUCCUAGUUGAUGUUUAGAGUUAAUGUUCCUAAUGCUUUUUGAUACACUGAAAUUAUACUUUCACUUCUAAAUCUCUGAUCUUUUAGUGUUAGGUAUUGCUCUAUCACAUCCUUUUCAUAAGAGUAGAUAGAAUGAGUGUGUGUAGGCAGAGUAGUAAAGAAAUAGAUUAAAAAAAGCUGAUGCUUGUGCACUUGGUUCUCAUACAUUUUGUUAAAAGACUUGGAGGGAAGAUGAUAGCUUUAUUACUGUGCUAUAACUCUUGUUUUUUGGAGGGCAAAUUUCACUACCAGAGUCUGAAACUGAGAUUGAACAGUUGGAGAUGUUUAGUGUUGUGUUACUAGCUUUAUUUUGGAAUAAAUUUGCAUUGUUGAUGUGUUUUCUGUUUUCAGUCAUAAGGAGAUGGAUGUGUUUUGGGUGUCCUUGCACCUCCUUUCUGCUCCAGGAACUGCAGUGUUCAUUUGAAAGGGUUGGAAUAAACAAAAGCUUGCUCAACAUC